AUGGCUAAUGUGGGUUACUGGCUUUUUGGAGUUGAAGAGCGACGCAAGCUUGGCUCCGGAGAUUUAUACGACCCUGGAGAAGGGGAAAUGUUGAUACAGGUGAAAGCCGUAGCAGUUCAACCUGGAGAAUGGAAAAUGCAAGAGGGCCUCAUUCCAAUCUCACUCAAAUAUCCAACAAUUAUUGGCCUGUCUGCCUCUGGCAUCGUUAAAAAGACGGGUCCGGGAGUGACUCGCUUCCAGCCGGGUGAUCGCAUCUUGACAAACACUACGGGCGUCCUGCGAAAUGAUAGUCGCUUUGGGGCCUAUCAAAAAUAUUGCCUCGCCCCGGAAAAUCUGGCUUCAAAGAUACGUCCCUAUAUACCCCAGAUUGGUGAUGUGCCAUUUGAUGAAGCUGCGAAUCUUGCGACUUCUUAUGCAGCAAUGAGUGCUCUAGUCCUUCAUCUCCAUUUAAACAAGCCGCAGAUGCCAAGUGCUAUUUCGACAGGAGAAAAGAUUCUCAUUUGGGGACUGUCGUCGUCGAUGGGAAUAUUUGCUGCACAGCUGGCAAGACAAGCUGGCUACGAAGUUGUUGGCGUCGCAUCUGGACGCCAUCAAGAGCUAGCAGCGCGAUUUGGAGUCACUCAUUUCGUAAACCGUACAGCAGUGGAUGUUGUCACUACAGCCUCUUCAUUGGGUCCGUUCAAGGCUGUUUUCGCAGCGGCUGAUUCCGCUGAAGACCAGGUUAAGAUCGGUAAAAUUUUAGCCGCUUUAGGAGGAGGCUCGUUUUUAACUACAAUGGGAGUCCGAGCGGGAGUAAAAUUGCCCGAACAUGUCACUGGGCAUUUUGUCCAAUAUAUUGAUGACUACUUGGACGAAAAGAAUCGUGAGUUUACCAAGUGGUUUUGGUGGAAUUAUUUAGAGACCGCUUUGGAACAGAAACAGCUCAAAUCCAUCCCUGUUACAACUGUUGGGGGAUUAGACAAAACUGGGGAGGCCUGGAGGAUUUUGGAAGAACGGCGAAAACCAUGGUACUAGAUUGAUCAUUGUGCCAGAGUAAACAAAGGCGAGUUUCUUGAGGG